AUUAUUUUUUGUGUUUUAUUGUUAAAAUCCUACAUAUUAUAUGGUGGUGCAACUCUCACGACGUCACAAUACCAUAGUAUUGUAUUGUUGUCACAGUCAACAACUAACCUUAAACUGUAUAAUAACUUGUAUAUUGUAACCAUAAUAAUCUUCAAUUUACAUUCAUUUUCAAAACAAAGCCUACAUGCCUCUAAUUUCCUUGUUAGUUUAGUCAUAAAAAAACAAUCAUUUUGUAUUUAAGAUAUUAUGUCUAUUUCCUCUCGACGUUUACCUUCCAUCAAAUAUGAUUGGUGUACUUCUAUUUAGCCAUUAUCAAAUUUAGUAACGGUGUCUAUAUCUCUAACCCUUAACAAAUAAGGCAACUAACUUUAUCUAGCACCUUAUAGAAUUAAUUCCUUCCUUCGUUAGCUACACAUAUUCGAAGAGUCGUCGCGUCUGCAAUAGAUUUUUAGAAUCGCGAAGGAAGACUUACUUUGCAAUUCUAUUUCAACAUUAUCAAUUUGUAUUUGAUUAUAUUUACCUCAUUCGAAGGAACCAGUAUCUUCAAUUUGCAACUUCAUUUAAGAAAUGCCGCGUUUCUCAAGAUGCAAUAAUAUUACGGAUCUAAUAAUGUUAUCUAGGCAAAGGUUUUUUAGAACCGAAUCAAGGGGAUCCCACUUACAAAUAUAAACUACCAAUAAUAUUUUUCUUGUAAAAAUGAAAAAUAUUUACCCCAUCCGAAAAUUUAAUCCGUGCAGCAAAACAAUAUUUAUAGACUAAUGCGGUAGUUAUAAAAUACUUAGCCAACAAACAAAGCAGGUGCGACUACGAACAAUGCACAUCGUUUUUCAAUCUUUCUUUUUUUAACCUGUGAUCACUUGUUAUAAAACGAUUUUACAUUAUAAGAGUAUCUUAGUUUCGAUUCGAAUUUUAAAUCCAAUUAUGUUGAACUCGUCACGCGCGUGUCAAGUCAGAGCUUAAGCCAUAUAUUAUUCUUUAAGUUUCGUUAAUCGAUUAUCAAAACAUAUCAAACAAUUCACGUUUAAUUGUUACUUCGAAAUGAAAUACCAUAUAUUAUAUGUUAUACUUUUUCUAUUCUACACAAUAAACGCAGAAGAUUAUGAAGAAGUCGAGUACGAAGGUGAUAAAAGUUCGUCAGUUGAUUCGGAGAGUAAUGAAGUUUUUAACAAGAGUUUAUCGCAAAAACCAAAACGGGACUUUAAAGAAAUAAAUGUUACAAAACUAAACGAAAAAUCUACCAAACUAGAAAAUAAAAACGAUAUGAAAAAAUCAAGCUAUCCAUACACUGUGUCGAUACAAAGGAGGAACUCGCAUUUUGCGUCUGGAGCUCUUAUUGACUCCAAAUGGAUUUUAUCUGCAGCUGGGGAGUUCUAUAAUAUCAGAGAAACAAUUAAACAACUCAGGGUUCGUCUCGGAACCUUUAACUACAAGAAGGGUGGUGUUCUGAUGGCUUUGAAGGGCAUCGAGAUCCAUCCCCUAUACUCGUAUCAGCAACCAAACUAUGACCUAGCCUUACUAAGGCUAGCUCAGCCAGUGACGUAUACUGCUCAAAUCAAGCCAAUACCUAUUUCGGCGGAGGCAGGAGAAGUUGUUAGUGGAAAGUUCAUCGCGAGUUAUUGGCCGAGGCUUAUUGUGAAUGGUCAUGUUUUAUCAGCAUCAGCUAAAGAGAGAGUGAAAUAUAAUAGCAUGCGUGUGUCCACACAAAAGUUGAUUCCUUGGGCCAAAUGUCUCAAACAAAUGAAGCAUUUCAAUAAAACUCUGGACCAAUCCACGUUGUGCUUAAAUCCAAUCGUCAGCCUUCAUAGUCCUUGUAUGCCGGAUGUAGGCGCACCAAUAAUAGCUGACGACCUUCUCUGGGGAAUAACUUCGGGUUGGCUUUCUGACUCAUGCGCUGGAGAAUCCAGUCCUACACUCUUCACGAGGCUUUCCGAUGAAAAUGUCAAGUUCUGGCUGAACUCAAUACGAGAUAUAGCUAUUUAGGAUUACCAAAGUUUACUUUAGAAUAAAAACUAACCCCAUUAAGCACAACACGUUUCUUUGAUAUUUUUAGGGUCUCAAAUAUCUUAAUCAAAUGAACUUUAAUACUAGAACUCAGUUCAUAUUAUCUAGGCUUACGGAAUGAUUAUGUUUUCUAUUUGCAUGUUUUACAUGUUUUGUAUUUUUGUAUUCAAUCACAAUAAGUGUGGACAAGUUCAAUUUAAUAAUGACCAUACAUAGGCAACUUUUAUAGCAAGAUAAGUUACCAAUAUUUGUAAUGUCAAGUAUCACAUUGUUUUAG